GGGGACCCACCCGUCAUACGCACACCGCCCCGGAGCCGCACGGAUCGGAUCCACCCGCACCGCACUCCGCCGCGCUCACCGUCACAGAGUGGUAGGCAAGGCAGCAUCUCCGGCGCGGCGGCGACGACUAAUAAGAGGAUUCGGGAGACCCAGCGGCGAAGGCCACGGCCACGGGCUAGCGAUCUCUCCGGCCGCACUUACCGGAAGUGCACUGGCCAUAGAUCAUCAGUCAAUACAUCAGUUCAUUGUUCAGCAAAGCAGGCUAGAGCAAUGUUCUCCCUGGCGUAUGGUCUAUGGAAGUACAUCUUUAACAAGACAGAGUUUCAUGUUCUUAUUCUAGGUGUUGACAAGGCUGGCAAAACGACCCUGCUCGAAAAGAUAAAAUCGACUUAUCUGAAAGGAGAAGGGCUUACACCUGAUCGCAUUGUUCCCACUGUUGGACUUAAUAUUGGUCGUAUUGAAGAUGCAAACGCAAAGCUUGUUUUCUGGGAUCUGGGAGGUCAGGUCGGACUUCGCACAAUCUGGGAAAAAUAUUAUCAAGAGGCCCAUGCUAUAAUAUAUGUUAUUGAUGCUGCUGCUGCAUCGUCAUUCGAAGAUGCCAAAUCUGCUCUAGAAAAGGUUCUUCGUCAUGAGGAUCUGAAAGGGGCACCACUGCUGAUAUUUGCAAACAAACAGGAUUUGGCAGGGGUCAUCACUGAUGAGGAAUUAGCUAGAUAUCUGCACCUUAAAGAGCUAGAUGAGAGGCCAUAUAUGUUUCAAGCUGUAUCUGCCUAUGAUGGGAGGGGAAUCAAAUCUGGCAUAGACUGGGUGGUGGAACAGAUGGAAAGAAGUAAACGAACCGAGGUUCUAAGAGCGCGAGCGGGCAUAACCGGGCAGAUUUAGAAUGUCGGCCUGCAGUUUUCAUCAACGAUUUUGUGAAAAAGAACAUUUAAUGCAUAGGGCUUCUGUUACUUCUGACAAUAUACAUCUCGGUGGUUUUCGGUGACUAUAAGGUUCAUCCUCCCUGACGGCACCACAAAAAUUGUUUGCCCUUGUGCACUAGUGAGUGAGAUGAUUCAUUUAGUUUCUGAGCGUGGUAUUCUUCUCUGUAUCUAAAGAUCCCCUUAGGAGUCGUGUUCAUAUGAUUGCUUUUUUUGAUACUUGGAAAGUGUCCGUAUAGAGGAACCAGAGAUUGAUGUACUAACGUUCUUGUGAAUGGGAAAAACUAAAGGAAUCCAUUGUAGUUGGAGUUGCAUCGCA